CAAAAUGAAAAUUUCUCAUCCCUCAAAUACCUAAUCAAGCUGUCAGAGCUAAAUCCAUUUAUUUUCCAUAGUGUGGUGCAAAGAUGUUCCCAGUCUCUGGAGAGGACUCCAGAGAGGGUGGGAGGGAAGUUUCAUACACAUGAUCCAUCCCUAGUGCACACAGGGUUCUUGGGGAGCUCAGCCAUAAAUGAAGUGAUCAAGUUAGUUCUCCAGAUGUGAAGCCAGCCAGGGGAUCUGACAUACCUUACCAGAGCUAAGCAGGGGUCUGAGCCCCUUCUAGAGGGGAGAAUUUAUUGCUUCUGUACUUGUGCCACCUGCAGGCCAGAAGAAAACCCAGUUGUGCUCCAUUCACGGUUCAGUUCACAGCUGCCUUGAUCAUUUCCCUAAGCAGCUGGAUGUUCCUAACCUUCAUUUUUUGUGGUUUUGCACUCUGUUCCCAGUUCUAAGAUGAUGUCCUGGAAGGAGAAGAGUAUGAAUCCACCCCCGUGUUUCAUCCAGCGCCUGGACCACCUUGUGUUGACUGUUAAGAGCAUUGAGGACACUGUUGCCUUUUAUUCCAAAGUCCUGGGCAUGGAGGUGGUAACUUUCAAGGAAAAUCGCAAAGCUUUACGUUUUGGCAACCAGAAGUUCAACCUGCAUGAAGUUGGGAAGGAGUUUGAACCCAAAGCUCGAUGCCCAGUCCCUGGCUCUGCAGAUAUCUGCCUUAUCACAGAGGUAUCCCUGGACCAUCUCCUGAGUCAUCUGAAGGCUUGCGGAGUGAACAUUGAAGAAGGUCCUGUGGUCAGGACUGGUGCUGUGGGUCCAAUAACAUCUGUAUACUUCCGAGACCCUGAUGAGAAUCUGAUUGAAGUUUCUAAGUACAACACAGAUAAGAAUGAAGCCAGUGGAGGGGAACCCUAACCACGACCCAUUCUCUGCCUGUGUCCCAGUAGGAAGCCUGAUGCAGGUGUCAGCAUUCAUUUUGUAAACUUAGAACAAGGCUUAACUACCAGCUAGAAAUAUAGAACUGCAUGAGAGCUUUCCCAAGACAAGAUCAGCUCUGGCUUGCUGAGAUCUUACCUCUGGAUAUGAAUCAUAGAAUCACAGAAUCACAGAAUCCUUAGAGUUGGAAGGGACCUCUGAAGGCCAUCUAAUCCAACUCCACAGCAAUAAACAGGUACACCACAGCUAGAUCAGGUUGCCCAGAGCCUUAUCCAGCCUCUCUGAAAGUUUCUAGGCAUGGGGCAUCAACUACAUCACUAGGCAACCUAUUCUAAUGCCUCACCACCCUCAGUGAAAAAUCUUUUUUUCUUAUAUUUAACUUAAAUAUACCCUUCUACGUUUAUAAAUCAACAACGGUUGAGAUUUCAUGCGUCCUGCUGAAACCCACUGCCUAUCUAGGAACUGGGGACUGAGCUCCAGUGUCUGACAUACAAAUUGCUCACAAGACUGAAGAUCUGUGUGUCAUACUCAACCGUGUAUUAAUACUUGAAAAGUGACAGAGUUCUGUUCGUCUGGGAUGGGAGCAGUCAGCAAUGAGAUAUCUAGCGUUACACAUCCUCCUCUCCAUGCAGCCACCUCAUUGCUGACUUCUCCCAUCCCAGAUGAACAGAACUCUGUCACUUUUCAAGUCCCUGCAAAAAUCAGCUGAGGGAGUCUUUCACUGUGCUAAGGGGACAGUGGUAUCAGGCAAAGAAAAUUCUAAAUUGGCUCCACUUUCAGCCCAGCCUGGUUGUCUAAGACUGUCACUAUCUGAGUUUCCUUCUUUCUUUAAUUCCUUCAAUUAUUGAAAAGCAUAAAAGAACAAAGGGGGGUUACUUGGGGUUUUUCAAGGAGAGCAGUUCCUCAGAUGGCCACACUGCGGUAGUAACGUUAUCAUCAAGGAAACAGUGCUGGAAGACAGAGUGAACUUUUCUGACUUCUAAGUCAAAAUCACCUCUAAAAAUGAAAUAAUCUGCGAAUUGAACUUUUGAAAAAUAAAAAAUUUCUGAUGGCAUAUCCUGUGAAGUGUAUGAUGGAAAAAAACCCCAAAUCUUAAUAAAUGCAGUGCUUCCCAUUACCCAAAACUUGCGUCAGUGUCAGGAGAGAAAGCAGCUUGCAGUUCGGAUCAAACCACUUGUGGGAAUGAACGAUAAGCUUUCCCAUGAGAUAUGGAAACUCACCCUUUGCUUUGCCCGUGGAGAGCAAAAGCGGACCCCUGGGGAUGGGGACCGCUGGGAACGGGGACCUCGGUCUGGGAGCCCCGGGGCAGCGGCCGCUCUCCAGGGUGCUGACGACUGCCAGGAAGCGUCACUCCUACCGGUCCCGCUCCCCAGCUCCACAGCUUCUCCCUGCCCAGGCUCGUGUUCCAGCCCAGCCCCAUUCACUCUGGGCCUGAGAUUGUCCUCAGUGACUGCUUGCUAGCAGAUGACCUUCCUGGCUCUGUGCUGGAAGUGUUUAUUUCACUGAGCUUGU